UCGUCUGGAUGCCAACCACAUCUCCAGUGUUCCUCGGGGCUGCUUCGACGGCCUCCAGUCUCUACGUCACCUGUGGCUGGAUGACAACUCUCUGACAGAGGUGCCAGCUGACGCCCUGGGGGCCCUGUCCUCCCUGCAGGCCAUGACCCUGGCUCUCAACAGAAUCACACAUAUACCUGACCGGGCCUUCACUAACCUCUCCUCCCUCGUGGUCCUGCAUCUCAAUAACAAUAGAAUCCGCACCCUGGGAACGCAGUGCUUUGACGGCCUUCACAGCCUGGAGACUCUAGAUCUCAACUACAACAACCUGGAAGAGUUCCCUAUUGCAAUCAGAGCACUGAGCACCCUGAAGGAGCUGGGUUUCCACAGCAACAACAUCAAGUCCAUCCCCGAGCAGGCCUUCACUGGACACUCCACUCUUCUGACAAUAUUCUUCUACGACAACCCCAUUCAGUUUGUUGGCCAGUCGGCCUUCCAGCACCUCCCUGAGCUGCGGACACUAUCUCUGAAUGGUGCAGCAGAAAUCACAGAGUUCCCGGACCUCACUGGCACCAAGAGUCUUGAGAGCCU